AAACUCAAAAACAACAAACACGAUAUUUCAUUUGACGUGUGUUUGGAAACUGUUAUUAAGUGAAAACAAAUUAAGCCAAAUAAGUUUUUUGUAAAUCGACAAAAAAAAGAUUUGAGUAAUUUGACGUGUGUUUGGAAACUGUUAUAAGCAUCGAUUGAGGACUGCGAAAGGCAGAGAUUUAUGGUGCUUCCACGUGAUGAUGUUGAUGAAAUAACACGCAGAUGGAUACCGCAGCAAAACAUCUCCAUCCCCAAAUAAGCCCUAGUCGGCUUAAUUACGCGACAGCUACACACAGAUGCAUGCCAAUGAGGUGUUUGACACAAGUCCUCACUCAAUUGGGUGUGAUCUCGGAUCAAAUUUUCAAAGAGGCCAAGUGAAGACAUAAUUUUGGGGGAUAUUGUGUUUUGCAAGAGGCCCGGAAUGAUUCAGAGACAUGGAGCCCAGAAGACCCUAGUUGAAGCAGACCUAUUCAACAGGCAAGAGGAAUUCAAAGGGGCCUCACUUGUCUGAAAUCCAAGCAGAGAAUAAGCCAAUGGAAGAAUCAAUUUGGUAGGAGAGGGAAUCAUGGCAGAAUAGCAAGGAUGCAAUAUGCCCAAUUGAGAGACAGCUAAGCAGUACCUCUCCCCUCUCCAAUGAUGAAGGUGGUUUUGUUGCAUGAAAGGGUCAAUAGAUAAAGGGGGCCAUAGUCAUUUACCUCCCAAUCAACAAGAUUCUGGCAGCGAGGAAUGCAGCAGCAGCGAGUCGGGGUGGACGACAUACAUAGCCUCCCCGGACCUCCUCGAGCACGAGUACGCUGACCGGAACAAUGAAGAUGACGAUGACGACGACAACGAUGUCAACAUAGCCCGAAAAGGGUUCAAGAAAGUGGAGCAAGAAGAAGCAGCAGCGGAUAGUGAUGACUCGAUGGCCUCUGAUGCUUCCUCUGGUCCUAGUGAUCAAUAUGGAUAUAUCGGCAGAAGCCAUGGGGGUUUGAGCCAUGUAGGGAGCAACAAUCAAAGAAAGGCGGCUGCAAAGAAACAGGAAGAGAAGAAGAAACAGAUAAAGGGAGAAAAGGACAAAUCUGGUAACAGUGCAGGAAGGUUGAAGAAAUUUUAACUAUAUGCUUUUUCAACAGCCCACUUGUGUUAAGUGAAG